AAUAAAUAAUCUUCGUUUCUAGAAAUUCGUGAAACAGAUUGUAUUACAUUUGGAAAGGGGGUAAACUCGAAGGAGGCAGGAAACAUGCAUUCGCGGGGUAGGAAGAUGCAACUGGUACCGUGUUUCGGUGGCGUAGAGAUCGUGCUGUGUUUGUGGAUCACGAGUGCUGUUUUAACACUGGUCGCGUCCCAGCAAAAGUUCUACAUCCAGGGCCGGUAUGGAAAACGGCAAGAGCCGCGUACAGAUUCGUUCUACGUGUCGGGAGGGAGGUACGGACGCAGCGAGAACGGGAUGGAGAAGGCGAGCAAAUCGCAAUUGGCAAAGUUGGUGGAGGUGGAGGUGCCGAGGAUAGAUCGAUUCGUUUGGGGUGGCCGAUACGGGAAACGAUCGCCCCCCGAUUAUCAUAGGCCUAUCUCGUCCGUCAAUCGUUUCAGCGCUGUCCUCGACUUCAUGGAUCGGGUCGACCUCGAUCGAGAGAACGAUCUCAGUAAUCGAAACGAGCUCGAUUUUCUCCCUUAAUAAAAUCAACCACGUAUACCACGACACCUUGGGAGGACUCGUUGGCUCUUUUUCGUGCAAACGAAAAAAAGAAAAAGAAAAAAGAAAAAAACUCGAGGGAAGAAAGGAGAUGCACGAGGAACGAGUGGGUUUCAAUUUUUUAAACAAGUCCUCCGCAUAAUCACCAUUGUUUUUAUCCGACUUAAACAGAGUGUAAAGUAUCGCGAAAAUCGGUGAAACGAGCAAAGAAACAAAAUAUAAGCUUCAGUUUAAGCAUCGUA